AAAUCUUGGUGUACUUUUAAAAAAGAAACCUGAUGUCAAAAUGAAUUUUAAAACACAUGGAACAUUUAGAACAACACAUCCAGGAAUUGUCAAGAAAAUGAAUUUUAAAACAGAUGGAAUUUCGACAACUUCACAUCCAAGAAUUAUCUCCAAAGUUUCAAAAAUGUACGAAAUUGUUAAGAAUAAAACUAUAUUGUCUACAGUGUCUGAAACAUCCCAGCGUAUACAAGCAAAAGUCACUGUUAAACAGUUACCAUUAGGUAGAAAUCCUUCAAGUCAACGUGGAAAAUCUGUUAACUUAAUUAGUAGGCAAGACCGGAUUCAAGAGAUUUUUAAGCAAAGUAGUAUUAUUCAUGGAAGGCCAGCUAUUGAUCCAAUGAAGUCACUAAAGUCAAUGCCUUUAGUAAAUUCUAAAAAUGUAACCAGAAUAAUUGUUUUAACUUAUUUCAGAGCUGGUUCAUCAUUUUUUGGUGAUCUCUUGCAGCAGAACUGGAAAACAUUCUAUCAUUUUGAACCUCUACAUUCAAUGACCUAUGACAGUCGUAUUGGAGAUGAGAAAAUACCGGAUGUUUUUAAUUUAUUUAAUGCUGUUUUUAACUGUAACUUUUCAGAAGUCAAAAGUUACCUGCAGUGGGUACGGAAGCCACGAAAUCAGUUUUUAUUUGCUCACAAUUUGUUUCUAUGGAGUACUUGUCGCAGUAAUCCAAAAAUAUGUUUCAGUCCUACAUUUGUUGCAGCUGUUUGCCAAAGGGCACCUGUUCAUGUGAUGAAAGUAACUCGUCUUCAUAUGCGCCAUUUACGUAACUAUUUGGAAGAUAAUCCAGAUAUGGAAAUCAAAGUCGUGUAUCUUACACGAGAUCCCAGAGGUAUUGUAAGUUCUAGAUGGAGUUUAGAUUGGUGUAAUGGAACUGAAUGUUCUGAUUCUGGAGUUCUGUGUCAUGAAAUGCUUGAAGAUAUUGAGAUAUUUGACAGUCUUCAAGAACAACAACCAUCAAAUUUCAUAAAAGUACGUUAUGAAGAUCUUUCAUUAAAUCCCCAGCUGGAGUCUCAAAAAUUAUUCAAAUUUUUGAAGCUGCCUUUUUCUCCAUCUGUUCAGAGAUUUCUGAAAACUCAUACAGUUGGUAGAAGAACUGAUGAUAAAAAUCCAUACUCAACUAGAAGAAACACUACAGCCAUGGCAUUUAGUUGGCGUGAGCGUUUCACAUACAAACAAGUAAUGGAUGUCCAAGCGUCUUGUGAUAGAGUGCUGAAUAAAUUAAAUCUCUCACUUAUAACAUCUCCAAAUCAAUUACCAUAUCCAGAUGGAAAAAAACAAUCCAAAUCAUCACUUGUAUUAAAGAACAAUAAAAAUGAAAAACUCAAUGAAAAUCAUUUCUUAAGAGCUGCUAAAUACUUAAUUAAUGCUACUGCUGUACAGAAUUCCAGUGAUAUGUCACUCCAGAACUUUAAUUCAUAUCUUUUAAACACUAAUAACACUAACAUUGAAGUUCAUAAAACAUACAGAAUUUUAGAUAGUAACUUGACAAAAAUUGAUCAUGGGAAAAACUCUCCAGCUUUACAGAAGACUACUGUGAAAAGGUAGCAGAAUGUGAUGUGUUUGAAAUUUUUUAUAAGGAACAUGAUAUGCUCAUGAAACUUUUUUAAACUUCAGUUCCUUUUAAAUAUUGAAGUUCCUACCUAUUUAAUCUCUUUUCCAACCUUCUAGUGCAAGAAAGGAUAUAUAUCCUAGUUUCUUGACUACUUUGCUAUCAAAAUGUGAUACGUUUUUUAAUAAAUAAAUUUUUUUUUCAUUUUUAA